AUGACUUCCUUAGCUCCAAAAUUUGCGAUCGGGGCCCUAAUGUUAAUCAUUGGGUUAUGGUGCAGUGUUGUGAGGGGAUCUCCAAACACUGGCGUUAUAAGCGAUUUAUGCAGUAGCGCGAAGUAUCCCGGAGACGAUCCUCAUCUUAACAGUAUAGUUUUUGUACUCAAUGAUGUGAUGAUGCAGACACCUAAUUCUAAACCAGAAUAUAAUUACUUCGAUGUAUUUGGUUAUCCGUCUCCAGCUUUUGGCUACGGAAGUUGUACUUGGUCUCUUUCUGCUUCCGAUUGCUCAACGUGCAUGAUUGCUGCAUUUAAUGAAAUUCAAGAUUGCCCUGAUGGAACCUUCGCCGAGAUAAUCCUUCAAGACUGUUCCAUUGCCUAUCGGACUGACGCUCCAAUUGAAAACACACCAUGA